UCCCAUCUAUGACAGGAGAGUUGACACACAACUCUUUCUGUUGAACUGGGCUGGAUAUCUGUGUUUUGAAACCUCACACUCCUUAUAUAAGGCAGAAAUCAUCAAGACUUUUGUCGAGCACAUCUAUUGAUGAUCUUCAGCUUCUCUUUGGACUCAUUCUGUUCAAUCACAGACAUAAGUGGGAAAUCAUGAACUGGGGUGCUCUGCAGUUGCUCCUCGGCGGAGUUAGCAAAUACUCCACUGCCUUUGGCCGGGUCUGGCUCUCUAUGGUGUUUAUCUUCCGGGUCAUGGUGUUUGUGGUAGCGGCUCAGCGUGUGUGGGGGGAUGAAAGCAAAGACUUUGUCUGCAACACUAACCAGCCAGGCUGUACCAAUGUUUGUUAUGACCACUUUUUCCCCAUAUCACAAAUCCGCCUCUGGGCCCUGCAGCUUAUUUUUGUCACAUGCCCAUCGUUCAUGGUCAAAGGUCAUAUCAGAUACAGGGAGAUGAAGGAUUUAAAGUACAGUAUCCAACACAAAGGGGAACACAUGUACGCCCACCCUGGAAAGAAACGUGGAGGGCUUUGGUGGACAUACCUGCUGAGCCUUAUCUUCAAGGCUGGCUUUGAUGCUGGCUUCCUCUACGUCCUGUACUACAUCUACGAGGGUUAUGACAUGCCACGCUUGUCCAAGUGCUCCCUACUCCCCUGUCCUAAUACAGUGGAUUGCUACAUAUCCCGACCCACAGAGAAAAAGAUCUUCACCCUCUUCAUGGUGGUGUCCUCUGCUGUCUGUAUCUUCAUGUGUAUCUGCGAGAUGAUCUACCUCAUCUUCAAACGUAUCAAAAAGUUAAUGGAAAAGAGGAAGGAGGCAAAAAGGAAGUUAUUUGCAGAGAGUCACGAAAAGAAACCAUUCUCACGACCAAGGUCGCAAUACAGGUCCAGAUCUAAAGAAAGAGUGGAUCCUACAGCAUCAAAUCAGAACAUCACCAACAGUACAGUGGAAGAAAAGUCUUCCAAGGUAUAACAAUUUCCAGUUUACCCAAUCCUGCUGAAAAGCAAGAAAUAAACUUUCAAAGCCAUUAUAACAAACUCCAUAGAGAGGAACAUUAUGUCUUCAACAAGGUGUCCGCAACCCCUGGGUGGUCCUUGGAUGCAAAAUCUUCAGUCAGAGUGGAUCCUACAGCAUCAAAUCAGAACAUCACCAACAGUAUAGUAAAAGGAAAGCCCUCUAAGGCGGAGGUUUUCAACAGGGAGUCUGUUACCCCUGUGUGGACCUUGAAGGUAGUGCAUCGGGGUUUCAUCACCAACAGUAUAGUGAAAUGAACGUCUUCUACGGCGGCGGUCUUUGGCAGGGGGCCCCCGACCUCUAGGUGGUCCAUGGAGGCACUGCAUGGCGGUCGCAAUAAUUUUGGUUGAUUCGACUUUUCGUUUUAGAUUCCCCCUGCAAUUUUUUAACUAAUUAAAAUGUCUUUAAAUACACACUAACAUGAAUUCAACACACUGUAGUAAACAGAUAAAUGGAGGCAGAAGAUGUCUUUCAGUCAUCAAUGCACACAUUCUGUGACACACACAAGCUCUUUCAAGCUGAGCACCAUCUCAUUCACAACACCUGUCCCAUCAACGAGGAAUCAGAAUUAGAAAUACUUUAAUAAUCCCAAGGCAAAAUUACUUUCGUUACAUGACUCCAUCUUAAAUGGAUUGACUAUAGGACCAGUUUGAUAUAAGACAAUUUCAUACAACAUAUAUAUAAUUAGGAGGUCCCCCGCUCCAUCUCGCCAUCAGUUCCUUGGCCUGGAAAAUAAAAAAAAGACCUCUGUUAGGUACAACAAUUCCAAGUUUACCCAAUCCUGCUGAAAAGCAAGAAGUAAACUUUCAGAGCGUUAUUAACAAACUCCAUGAAGAGGAACACUAUUGCUUAAAGCGAUGCUUGAAAGUGGAUUUGUAAAUUACCUCUAUCAGUUUAUCACAUAAAUUGAUAUUCAAUUCAAGCUCAACAUGGACUAAUUCAAACAAUGAAGUCUACGGUGGAAAAAGACUUGUGACUUUUACGUUUAAAAGAGCAUUAUGUUUGAGUGUCUUUAUUUCUGGUUAUCUAUAAGGGGCAGGCUUUUAGCUAGCAAUGAAUAUGGGAGUAUAUUGUACGC